CCGGGCUGACAGGGCUGCCGCGUUCACGUCAAAGGCAACUGAUCGCAUCCACUAUCAUCGCGAACCAAGUCGCCUGUACUUACGGCAUACCAUCUAGGUAAUCUCUAAAACCAACACCAAGAAAGAUCAGUUCGCCCCUCCACAUCGCCAACCAACCUCACCACGUAAUAACACAGCCGCCAACAUGACUUCCACAAUUGGUAUCCCCAUCAAGCUCCUCAAUGAGGCUCAGGGCCAUAUCGUCACUCUCGAGAUCACCUCCGGCCAGACCUACCGUGGCAAGCUUAUCGAAGCCGAGGACAACAUGAACGUCCAACUCAAGGACAUCACCGUCACAGCCCGCGACGGGCGCGUCAGCCAUCUCGAACAAGUCUACAUCCGCGGCAGUCAUGUGCGAUUCUUUAUUGUGCCGGAUAUGUUGAGAAACGCCCCCAUGUUCCGCUCCCGCAACGUCCGCGGCCGCGGUGUCGGUCUCGCCCGCGGUCGUGCGACAGUCAGUAGGGCGCGCGCCGGUGGUCGUGGCGGCGCCAGAUAGAAGACAGCGAGCGCCGCCUGUCGUCAGACUCAUCGACCAAGACCAGACCCAGACCGAGAAUCAUUGAAAAUUUCACAACGGAAUGCAAUAUUGGGGCACAAUAAUCGGCAUAUUAUGGCUCCUUUUUUUUUUCCGCGCGCAACGACAACCGCUAUUUUGAUAUUUUAGGCGUUUUGGGUGGGGGGAACCAAUAAAGCAAACUUUGAUCUUCUUUCUACCGAAAAUGGGGGGCAGCGAGUUGGAUGGAAAGAGAAAAGUGUGGGGGGCAAGCUUUGGAUGCCCAGAGAAGGAGGAACAGGAGGGAUAGGGAGGAGGGUGGCUCAAGGCCGGCCAGAGAUGAGAAGGGACUGGAGUGAGUGCUGGGGCUGGGAUUGGAGGGUUGAGAGCCUCGAUGAGGAGUGAUAUGGAGGACGCCAGCUGGCCCCGCUCAUCCAUCUGCUGCCAAAUGAUGAUCAUGGGAGAAGCGUGGCGUAUCCAGGGGUUUUCACGCUCCGCCAGCUGGACGAUAAUGGUCGGUCGAUGCAACAGCCGCUACCCGUCCGUCAGCACGCAACGAAAACCUGGCUUCAUCACGGUUAGCAGCCAGAGCGAACCAGGUGUUCAGCCAGCCUCAGGUCUCCCCCCAGUUGAGUCCUUGGCCAAGGAGCGAGCACAUACAGCAUGGAUCGAAUCGCACCGAAAGCGAAACUCCUACUAGCCCUGGUUCUGAUAUAGACAGGGUACGUAUUCAACGUCUUUGUCUAUUAUGUUGUUGUACACACAACCCAUUCCAUCUUCAGCCUACGCUGACAGUUUUUGAUAUCUACCACAAAAGUCCGAUGCCCCCUUUUUACUCCCACUUCGGCUUGCUUUUUUAAUGGUACAUAAGAGUGUAGCCCUGGUUGAUCUGUUGCGUCCGCCGGUUCUAACCCGCCUGUCCCUAUAUGUGAGGCUCGCAUAAGACGAGCUUGCAACAAUGCUCUGAGUGAGAGUGAAUCGUGUAGACUAAAUAUACAACUGGCUGUUUAAGGGUUGAGUUGGAGAGGGCAUAUUGUCAAAACACCCACCUAAGGGACUAACAGGCAGGGCGAGAGGGCUGUGGAAAAUAAUAAGCACAAGAAGUCCGAAACUGACCAAGUUCGGUUUGCAGAA